UUCUGAGAAUCAGACGCUGUUACGUAACCAACCGUCCGCGCGGCUCCAACUAGUGCGUCACCGCGCGCCCAGUCAACAAACACGUGUCGUCAUCACCGCCAUCAUCCUGACGUCACUCGGCGGGGGUUCCUGAAGUGCAGACCAAAACAUGGAGGAGUUUAACCCCUUCAUCACCGCGGCUGAUCGGUGAACAAAAAUCAAUCAAUCAAUAACAAUCGUGACUUUUAAUUGAGGCUGUCCUCUUCUUCUCUUCUCUGAUUACAGGUGUUUUCACAGGUGCAUUCUGGGUGCAGGUGAUUGAUGACCAGACAGCCUCCUGCAGCUCCACCGGCAGGAAACACAGAGACAUCCAGUGUGGACGUGAUGAGACAACCGGGACGUCCAGCCGGUGACGGGGACAGCCCGGACACUGAUGAGUGGAGGAGUCCAGCAGUCGAUGUUUUUCCUCGGCCUUCCCGACCUGAAGAAGCUCUGCUGCGUCACUCUGAGUCUGCAGGAGGACGACGAGGAGCCGCGGAGCAAACAGCUCAAGACCUGCAGAGAGCUGGUGCUGCUGUACUCUGAUAUUUUGGUCUCUCCAGGUCUGGAUUCCUUCACUCAUGUCACAGUGGUCAUGGCUAUCCCGUUUUUCCAGAAAGGCGUCCUGCAGGCGUUUGGACAGAGACACGGUCUGCAGGUGGGCUCUCCUCAGUGUGUGUUUCCAGGUGUCCUCCAGUGUUGUCUGUCCUACUCGCUGAUCACCAGACUGUCCCCCAGCUGGAAUAAAGCAGGACUCUACCUCAUCAAUGGAAAAGACUUCCUGUCUGAGAGCGGGAGGCUCAACGCUGUCAGCGUGCAGCUGAGCACCUGCGAGGGUCACCUGUGCAUCAGCAUUGAAGCCAACACAGUCCGGCUGCCACCGACCACACUGGAGGACUUUGACCUCCCUCCGUUGGUGCUGCAGAGGUUCUGCAGUGACCCCGGCGCCGUCCUCAACCCCUCGUCCACCGGAGGAACAGUCUGGUGUCACAUCCUGCCCAGCAUGAAGAAAGGUCAGAUCAUCACCAUCAGCCGUCAACUGCCCAGAGACGGACCAUUCAGGACCUACAGAGACCUGCAGAAACACUGGAACUGCCUGUAUGGUUACAGACUCCCUGAUCUUGCAGAAGAAGAGGUGGUGUACUGCAGCGUCUACUUCAGACUCGUGGGAGAGAGACUCUUCACCAGUUACCCUCUGAGCUGUAUCCGCCUGCAGCCGGCGCAGCGCUGCCCGCGGGUCGACCUGCGGGGGGCGCUGGGCUCCUUCCUGUCCGACGUCAGGGGCCGACUGCAGAGUGUGUGCGGCUUCCCUGCUCGCCUCACCAGCAGACCCUGUUACCCACAGUGGGUCUGAACACUGCUGCGACUGUGCAGGUGCACAGUGGUGAGCAGGUCAACUUGACCACCUCCUCCUCCUCCUCCAUCAGGCCGGUCCUCACGCAGCUCCCUCCUCCUCCUC